AUUUUUGUUUACGGCACAGUAUUAUACAUCACAAGUAUUCGCGGUACACUUACGCAUUUGACAACAACAACUUUGGCAACUUCGUCGAGGACAUUAGUUAUCGCUAAGCGCAUAUACAAUAUACACGUAUCGUCUUAUCUGAACAAUUAAUUAAUUGAUAUUUUCAAUUUAUUUCUGAACAACUGUACUGUUCUAUAAACUACGUCGUAUUAAUUUACACACGUAUUAUUUAUCUAUACAGAUAGUACAGUUCAGUCGAAUCUGCACGUGUUGCGUAUGUAGUUUUUAGAGCAAUAUGGAUAAAUUUGUAGUGAAAAGGAGAAAAGUUGAAGAUGGUGUACUAUUGAAUAGUAGCAUCGAAAACGAAAAUAAUCAUGUUGCAAGUACAAGUGUUGUAAAUAAAGUAGCGCAAAAAAACAAACAACCUACUCCUAUUUUAGUCCGUAAGUAUCUUGAUAGCUAUUUAAGCUUUGGUUUUACAUUUAAUGGUCCUGAAAACCGUCCUGUGCCACAAUGUAUCGUUUGUGGAAAAAAACUCAGCAAUGAAUCCAUGGUCCCUAGUAAACUGAAAAGGCAUUUAAGUAGUAAACAUAGCCAUCUACUUGGAAAAGAUAAAAAUUACUUCUCUCGACUGUUGUCAUCGGAAGAAAAACAAGCAAAAGCUAUGGUACGAAGAGUUUCUAUAAGUGAGAGAGCACUAUUGGCCAGUUAUAAAGUGUCUGAAAUAGUAGCAAAACGAAUACAGCCUCACACUAUCGCAGAAGACAUUAUUUUACCGGCUUGCAAAGAAAUAGUUAAAUCUAUGCUGGGUGAUAAUGCAGAGAAGGAAAUAUCCUUUGUUCCAUUGUCAAACGAUACUGUGUCAAGGCGUAUUGAUGACAUGUCUUCAGACAUCCAAUGCCAUGUGCGUGAAAAGUUAAGUGACAGUAGAUUAUUUUCACUGCAGCUCGAUGAGUCGACUGAUAUUAGUAAGAAAUUUCAAUUACUAAGCUAUAUCAGGUUCAUUGAUGAAGACUCAGUUAUUGAACAAUUUCUGGCAUAUUCUGAACUACCCACAACGUCAACUGGAGCAGAUGUGUAUGACUCAAUGUCCAAUAUUUUAACAGAAAAUGGGCUAUCUUGGAAAAACUGUCUUUCUGUUUGUACUGACGGAGCACCUGCUAUGACUGGAAAAUUCAAAGGCUUUGUUGCUAAAGUUAAACAAAACUUUCCAAAUGUUGGCUCAAUACAUUGCUUUAUCCACCGCGAGGCUCUAAUAGUGAAGACUAUUCCUGCAGAACUAAAAAUUGUUUUGAACCUAGUUGUAAACAUGGUAAAUUUCGUUAAAUUGAGGGCUUAUAAAUCAAGACUUCUCAAAGAAAUGUGUCAUGAAGCGGGAUCCAAACACGAUACUCUGGUACUUCAUACAGAGAUACGCUGGUUGUCGAGAGGUAAAGUCCUACAAAAAUUUUAUGAGCUUAAAAACGAGCUGUCAAGACUCUUUAGCGCUGAAAAACCAAACUUUGCUGCUUAUUUGAACGACACAGAGUGGUGUGCCAAAGUAGCUUACUUGGCUGAUAUAUUUUAUCAUUUAAACUGCUUAAAUGAGAGUAUGCAAGAAAAAGAAGAAAAUAUCUUGACCUCAAGUGAUAAACUGAAAGGGUUCUUAAAGAAACUAGAAGUAUGGAAACGACAUGUAGAAAAGAAAAGCUUAAAGAUGUUUCCUUUAACUUUUGAUAUAGAUCCACAGGGUGACAUAACCGCUCAACUAGUUCUAAAUCACCUCACAGCUCUUGAGGACAGUAUGGCACAGUAUUUUCCCCAUAUCUUAAUUGAAAAGUAUGAUUGGGUGCGUAAUCCUUACGUUACUUCGUCAGAACCAAUAACUUACCUAUCUCUUGAGAAAGAAGAACAGCUAGCAGAAAUCCAGGAGGAUAGAACACUGCGACUGAAGUAUAAUGAAUUACCACUAAUUGGAUUUUGGAUUUAUGUAAAGACAAAAUAUCCUGUAAUAGCGGAAGAAGCAAUAAACAUUUUGUUACACUUUUCAACCACCUACCUUUGCGAGUUAGGCUUUUCGGCACUAUCAAACAUAAAAAACAAAAAACGGGAGAGUCCUCUUUCCAUUAAUCAGGAAAUGCGUGUGUGCUUGUCUUCAAUUCCACCACGAAUCGAAUUUUUGUGUACAAAUCGACAAACUCAAGUUUUUCAUUAUUAAUUUAAUAAAUUAUAUUUUAUCUUUAUGAAAUAAUAUUCUUUUGCUUAAGUAAUUUACUUCUCAAAAUAUUAUUUUAUUGUUGUAUUUUUAAAAAAUAAAUCUAAUGAAAUAAAAUACUAUUUUCAAUAUUUUUUUAUCAGCAUAAUCACAAAUAUCAGACAUUUCUCGUGGCACACCUAGUCGAUCUCGUGGCACACCGGUUGAGAACCACUAAUCUAAAACAUAAUAACUGAAUAUUCUCUCUGAGUUCUGGAUCAUUCACAUCAUCAAGGUUAAGAUAGGCAAAAUAUAUUGCAUCUCAAUAUAAUAUGUUUUAAUAUACUAAUUAUUAAUUGUGAUAAAAUAAAACAAAUUAGCCAUUUAGCUAAUUUAUCAACUAAAAUGAGUUAACAUUAGGUGUAAAGUGGGUCACUAUUAUGGAUGCGUUAAAUUUAAAUUCGAUGAUAUAUUAAUAUCAUUGUGUAAAAAAAAACAAUUCUGAGUGAAGACGAUUUCUCAACCUACAUCACUAAGUAUAUUUCAUGUUAAAUUUUUUGAUAUUGCUAUUAGGUAAAGUAAUUUAUUUUACUAUCAGCAAUAUAGUAUCAUUGUGUGUAUAAAAUAUAAUAGCAU